UCGUUGGUUUCGACACGGCUCGCACGAUACGGGACGGCCAAGAAUAGCAAAGAGCACGCGAAUCUAGCCGUCCUGUAACUGAGUCUGGUGAAGGCGACCGACCGCUCCCUUCGUGGUCCGUCAGAACGAAUUUUAACGCAUAUAUUUUUGUAGAAAAACACGGGAUUCGUGAUCAGGUCGUAUAUGGAGGUAAGAAGUAGGAAACGGUCGUUUCAGCGUGUCGAAUCACGCAAAGUGAACUGAAGUGUAAGUGGCCUCGGCGAAGUGGAAAUCUAAAAGCGCAAAGAGAGAGAGAGAGAGAGAGAGAGAAGUGGGAAGAAGAGAAAGAAAUAGAAGAAGAGAUCGUGCGAAGUGGUUAUAAAGUUCUUUCAGUGCAGUCGUGCGUGUUUUCGGGCAAUGUCUCUCGAGAGUCGUUCGAGCUCAGCCCUGUUUAAAAGGGCUGAACAGCUCAAACGUUGGGAACAGUCCGAAACAAAUCGUGAACCGGCCCAACCACGUCAAGUCGCACGUAAGAUCAAGUUCUCUGCGGAUUGUGUAUUCCUGGCAGCAUGCGCGGCAGGCGACAAGGAGGAGGUCAUACGUUUACUCCAAAAGGGGGCGGAUAUCAACACCGGAAAUGUUGAUGGUCUCACAGCGUUACAUCAGGCAUGUAUCAAUGAUGAUCUGGAUAUGGUCGAAUUUUUAGUGGAAAAAGGAGCUGAUAUCAAUUGUGGUGAUAACGAAGGAUGGACACCAUUGCAUGCAACUGCAUCUUGUGGAUUUAUAUCUAUUGCUAAAUAUUUAAUAGAAAAAGGAUGUAACUUAGCAGCAGUGAAUUAUGAUGGUCAGUUAGCUCUUGAUAUUGCACAAAGUGAUGAGAUGGAAGAUAUGCUACAACAACAUAUUGAUAAAGCUGGUGUAGACUGUGACCAAGCCAGAAGCGAAGAAGAAAGGUCAAUGUUAAAUGAUGCCAGAGCAUGGCAAUCAGGAGCAGCGGGCAAAGAUACAAUUCACCCUAAAUCAGGGGCUACUGCACUUCAUGUUGCUGCUGCAAAGGGUUAUGUUGAUGUUAUGGAAAUCUUACUACAGGCUAGAUGUGAUGUCAAUGCUCAGGAUUUUGAUGGUUGGACACCUUUGCACGCUGCCGCGCAUUGGGGUCAAUUGGAGGCUUGUGAACUUUUAGUGGAAAAUUUUUGUAAUAUGGACAUUAAGAAUUAUGCUGAUCAAACUGCAUUUGAUAUUGCCGAUACAAGUAUAUUGUCUGCCUUAAAGGAACUAAAAGCAAAACAACAAACGUUAAUGAAGGAUCAUCCACAAAUUAUCAAUAAAAAACAGCCAACUAUACCAAAGAAACGCGUAUCUACAAGUAAUGAAAAUGCUAUAGUUAUGCAAGAAUCUGUGGAAACGUUUGAAGAAGAAACACCAAAUAAAGUUAAGAAAGUUGAAUUAGAAAUUCAAUCUGACAAAGAAGAUUCUAGUACCGGAACAAAUAGCGAUGUUGAAGCGACACGUGAAACAGAUAUGGAAGAGAGUGAUGAUGAAGGUGAAUCUGAGACUAGCUCAGACUCACAUUCUUCCACUUACUCCAAUCAAUCUGAUAAGUCUAACGAAUCAAACCACUCUCCAUGUCUUACAGAUGAUGAAAAGAAAAAUAGAGCGAAUAGGGAGGAAACGUCUCCGCGUAAUUUGUCAUCUCCUAUCGAGGUUAAUAAAGUUCCUAAUCAGGCUCCAGUAAUGCCACCAAAACAACAGACUGAUAGCAACGAAGAAGGAGUUAUACCAUCCUGGAGGCGUUCAGGCUCUUUUAGAAAUAGGAUACAAAACACAGAAACAACAAAUACUGUAUCUACGAGGCUUGAAGAGAAAGAUAAAAAUAUUAUAUCACCAACCAUACCGAACAAACUUAAUACAGAAACCGAUGUGGUAUUGACACGAACGCAUAGUUUUGAGACAGAUGAAAAGUUCUAUGAGCAGUACCUGGCAUUACGAGCUCGCAUCAAGGCGUUUUCCUGCCCUACUCUCCAUUGCUGCAAUGCAGCUACUCCUACUCACACCAAUACUACGACCCGUUCUGCAUCUCUACGCGAAACCUACAGAAGAAAAGAGGCAAAAUUAAACUUGGAACUAUCAAGACUGCCACAAGGAAGCAAUACACUUUCACCAACAUCUACAUCUAAAACAAUAGUGUCAAGUACACUGCCAACUACUACAGCUACAGCUACUACAACUGCCACAACAACAACUACAACAAGUCCUAUUCCAACAAAUCAAAUUCGCAGCGUUCAACCAGUGGAAGGUACAACUACAAACAAUUCAGUAGCAGUUCCUGGAACUCCCACUACACCAGGAGGGAGCAAACUAAGUCCAGGAAAUAUCUUCAAGAAUUUCUUCAAGUCAUUUGUUCCUCCUGUUCGUGAUGAAGAAAGUGAAACACAGAGAAAAGCACACGCGAAGAGAGUAAGAGAAACUCGACGUUCAACCCAAGGUGUAACAUUAGAUGAAAUUAAAAGCGCAGAACAAUUAGUGAAGAAAAAACAACAAAAUAAUGAAAUUCCUACUACAGUAUCUUCUACACAGCCUGCAACCACUACCAGCAAUACAGCCUCAAUUACAGCUACAAUAACAACAGCAACUCCUACCACUGUGACUACAAACAAAUCUCCUGAAGAACUUAAUCUGCCUGAAAGGCGACCUUCAUGGAGGUUGAAAGUAGAUAAUGGGAGCAAGUUCCAAUUAGAAGAUGCCAAUAACAGAACCGCAACAGUACCUAACCCUGAUACUACUACAGCAUAUAUGAGAAGACCUUCUACAGGUACUAGUAUACCAAGACCGUCAUCAGCUCCUGUUGAAACUAUUGCAACAAGCAGUGCAGAAACAACAGUAACAUUACCGCUUAGACGACCGUUAAAGCAACCGGAAGAUAAAGAACAAGAUAAGGAAAAUGAUAGCAGAAAUGCACAAGCUACGCAAGCUGUGAUACAAAGGAGAAGAAGACCAAAAAGGAGGUCUACGGGCGUUGUCCACGUUGACAUGGACGAAAUUGAUCCUGAAAAACAAGACUUAACCGCUGGUGGUGAUUGUGACGAGAACAAAAUCAACCAUGAGGAAAGAUCUCAAGGAAAGCCAACAACAGCUGCAGGAUUAAGAGCUCAGGCAUCAGCAAAUGGAAGUUCAAUUUUUGGAAAUAGAUCACGAAGCAUUACUGGAUUGUUUCCUUUGAAUCAAAAUAGCUAUUCAAGUUUGUUAGGUGUUAAUGGAAACUCUCUAGGAGUACCAAAUUUUUUAAAUAAAAUCUCAAAAAGUAAUGAUUCGUUUAAAAAGAAAUACUCAAAUUCCACGAGUAAUUUGAGCUAUCAAAAUCCAUACACAACAUACGGUGGAACUACAUCAGGAUAUGGAAGUAUAACUUUACCUCAUAACAUUAGCUCCUUGCGUUUACCAUCAUCCACAAGUUACAAUUAUUUAAGUCUUAACCCAAACAAUCACUCUCAAGCACAGAGAACUGAAAGCUUUAAUAAAACAAAAAUAAAGCCAGAUGUUCAGUUUGGAUCAAGAAGUUCUAGUCUGCAAAGUUUAGCAAGUUCUGAAGGAUAUAUUAGUGGAAAUGACCGUUCUGGAAGAUCCAACAGGCUAGGAUCUAUAUCUUCGUUAUCAUCAGAAACACCUUCUGUGUCGGCUAGAAUAAAGUCUACAACAUCCGAGAACGGGGAAUUAGACUACAAAAAGUUAUACGAAGAAUCUCAAGCAGAAAAUGAAAGACUUAAAGAAAAACUUAGGCGGUCAGAUGAUCAAUUAAAAGAAGUGAGAAAUUUAUUGGACAAAGCGCAAAGUGCACAAAAUAAAACGGUCCUAUCUGAAGCUGAGAAAAGGGAAAGGAGAGCAAUGGAAAGGAAAUUAUCGGAAAUGGAAGAGGAAUUGAAGGUAAUGGACCAACUAAAAUGUGAAAAUCAGAGGCUAAAAGAUGAAAAUGGUGCCUUGAUCAGAGUAAUCAGCAAAUUAUCAAAAUAACUCCAGUGGUCUUAAAAGAAGGCUGGAUAGCGUUUCUUAUGUUGCAUUACAAUUGCAUUGAAUGAAUUGUUUUUAGCUAUAAAAGUAUCAUGAUCAUUAUUGCUAGUAUUCUUACAAUGUAUAUUACAUCAUCACGUAUUGAUGAAUUUAUUCUUAUUGCUAGUAAUUUAAUUUAUUAUCAAAUUACUCGCGUGGCUGUGCCAAGAGCGAAAAGAGACAUUGCUCCUAUUCUUAGAAUUGUGAAUAGUUGACCAUAAAGGAUCUAGAACUUUUUACUUUCUCACAUUUAACUCUUCCUCACGAAGAUAAAUUUCAUGGUUCAUUUUAGAGCCGAUACUUUAUAAAGCAAAAUGUACUUCGUUCAAAUUAAUGAAAAACAAAUCUGUUCUUAACGACAGUUUUCUUUUUUUUAAAGAACUCACGUUAUUAAUGUUGACUCUUUAUAAGGACAUUUUGUAAAUAUUUAAUAGAUAAUGAUAUUGUGGCAUUUUAGAGUUAAAUAAGACAAAAUUUUUUACUUUCAAAAAAACAUCAGAAAUAUAUAUAUAUAUAUACAUCAAAUUUAUUGUAUAAACUUGUUUCCAUAAUUGUAAUGCGAGCGAAUACAUUCGUCACGUAUUACAAGACUAAGUAGAACAAUAAAAAGAAGUAAAUUAAGAGGAUGAUUUUCAUGCUAUUCAAGUGGCCUUUCCUGGAAGACUGUAAGUUUGUAAUCCUUCCAUCAUUGCCAUUUUUACAGAGGAUAGGAAGUUUCACGCAUUAAAUAAUGUACGUUUUAAUAUAAUUUUGCAAUUCACUGUUAACAAAAUAUAAUUCAGAUGAAACUUUUUUAACAUGUAUAAAGUGAUGGAAGUAAUUGUUUUCAAUAACUGAAAUCAAUGAUGAAAACUGUGUUAUUAUUUUUAAUAACUAAUUUAAUGUAUUGGAUUUAAAAAAAAAAAGAACAAUAUUAGCUUUUGAUAGCAAUAUUUAUAAUGGAAGUUUUAAUUUGAAUGAAAAUUACGAGUUUAUAAUUAGCGAAAAGAAGAACAAAUGACAAUGUAUGGGUGACAUGUUUUUUAAUGAUGUUAUUGUAAAAAAUUGUACAAAAAUAAGUUGAUAUGGUUGUUUCAUAAUGAUGUUUGUUAUAGAAUAACAAUUUUGUGUAACUGUUUAGUAUAUAGAUAUUUUCAUUGUAUUAUAUAAUAGCAAUAUAUAUGUGCUUAUUAUAUUUGAAAA